UGGGCGCCUUGCGCAGCGCCGGGCCCGGCGGCCGGAGCGGCAGCGCCACACCCCCCUCGGCCGAGCCGGCAGCCGAUGGCGUUCUCUCCUGUGGCCGUGGGCUCGGACGCGUCGCCGGAGCCGGGAGGCGGCGGGCGGCUCGGCGAGGAGGCGGACGGGGAGCGGAGGGGCCGAAUGAAGGAAGCGGCGGGCUCCUCCCUGGCGUCGCUGUGCCUCGGACCGCUCGCCGGCCCGCGGCGCUUCGGGACCCUGGUGGAGUGCCUGGUGCUCAACUACCGCCUGCGGCAGGGGCCGGGCCGCGGCCGGGAGCGCGGCGCAGAAGGCGCGACCGAGGGCCCGCUACGGUGCUGCGGCUGCGGGCGCUUCCUGAGCGAGCCGGUCACCGUCCCGUGCGGGCACACCUACUGCCGCCGCUGUCUGCGGAGAGAGCUGCGGGCCCGCUGCCGCCGCUGCCGAGACCGGCUGCUGCCGGCGGGGGGCACCGGCGCGGCCGCCGCCCCGCUGCGCACCAGCGUGGUGCUCAGCCAGCUGGCCGAGAAGUGGUUCCCGAGGGAGUGCGAACGGGCGCGGGCCGGCGGGCGCCUGGAGGAACUGCUGGCGCAGGGCCGCUUCCGAGAGGCGCUGGGCGCCGCCGGGCAGGCGCUGCGGGCAGAUUCCAGUAACUUGAUGCUAAGAAUCUACAGGGCUGAGUCAUACGCUGGCCUCCAAGAGUAUAAAACAGCCAUAGAAGAUCUGAACUUUGUUAUUUCUAAAAUGCCAAAUUGGCCAGAGGUCUACUUCCGCAAAGGAAAAGUGCUGCACGACUCUGGCUUUGUAGGCGAUGCCUUACAACUGUUUCUACAGUGCUUAGCCCUUGAUGAGGAUUUUCUUCCAGCCAAGCUAGAAGUAGAAAAGACAUUGCGUGAUGUACUGUCACCAGAGAAGCUAGGAGAGAAUUUGAAGGAAUCUGCUUGGAGUUCACCACAUACUCGAAAUAAAUCUUUUGUGCUUAGUUCUGAGAUGACUGAGCCUUACUGCAAUUUACAACUUUUUCCUGAGCAGAGUUUAGGAAGAUCAGAGGUACUGGAGCCUGUGAUUGGAAGCCUAAAUCGUGCACAAUCUGCCCAUGCUCUUAACUCAACAAAAGCCCUUACCAAGGAAGAUGGCUUAAAGAGAGUAUCUUCUGAACCUCUUCUCUCUGGCCAAGAAAAAGGUGCUUUGUUGAAAAGAAAGCUUUCAUUUUCAGAGCAGGAUACAGUUGUGUGUGAAGAUGGAAGAAACAAACACAAAAAGCAAGGAGAAAAUACAAACAGGGACAUGAAACUGGCUUAUGGAACAGUUCCAGGGAAUUUGAUUGACGUAUCAGAUUUUGAGUGCUCUUUAUGUAUGAGGCUGUUCUUUGAGCCAGUGACAACACCUUGUGGACACACGUUUUGCAAAGGUUGCUUGGAACGGUGUUUAGACUAUGCUCCUCAGUGUCCACUCUGUAAGGAGAGUUUGAAGGAGUACCUUGCAAGCAGAAAAUACAGCAUCACAGAGCUACUAGAGGAAUUAAUAAUGAAAUAUUUGUCUGAUGAGCUGUAUGAGAGAAAAAGAAUUCAUGCUGAAGAAACCGCUGAACACUCAAACUUGACCAAGAAUGUUCCAAUGUUUGUUUGCACUAUGGCAUAUCCUACUGUGCCUUGCCCUCUACACGUGUUUGAGCCAAGAUACCGACUGAUGAUUCGCAGAAGUAUGGAAACUGGGACUAAACAGUUUGGGAUGUGUAUAAGUGAUUCUCAAAAUGGUUUUGCAGAUUAUGGUUGCAUGCUGCAAAUUAGGAACGUUCAUUUUCUGCCUGAUGGACGGUCUGUUGUUGAUACGGUUGGUGGAAAGAGAUUUCGAGUUUUACGGAGAGGGAUGAAAGAUGGUUAUUGCACUGCAGACAUUGAGUAUUUGGAAGAUGUUAAGGUUGUUGAUGAAGGAGAGCUGAAGAAACUGAGAGAGCUUCACAACUUUGUUUACAGUCAGGCUUGCAGUUGGUUCCAAAACUUAAGAAACAAAUUCCGCACUCAAAUUCUUCAGCACUUCGGGCCAAUGCCUGACAGGGAGGAAAAUAUACAGGCAAUGCCCAAUGGUCCUGCUUGGUGUUGGUGGCUUCUAGCUGUUCUCCCAGUAGACCCCAGAUACCAGCUGUCAGUUCUGUCUAUGAUGUCUUUAAAAGACCGUCUGAUAAAAAUCCAACAUAUACUUACAUAUUUUUCUAGGGACCAGUCCAAGUGACUAACCGCCUGGGUCUUCCUAAAAAGUAAAUCUGUUCUGGUUGUAGUAGCAGCUGGAAUUUUUGCUGCCUUUGCACAUCUAGCACUGGUUUGAGAAGUGUAACAGAACUGCUUUUUCUCUCUCCUUCCCGCCUGCCCAGCUUCUUGAACCAUAUGGUUCUUUGAAUGCACACUUUCUUCAACUAUGAGAGAAGACCACUGAUGAUUGCACAAAGUCAAUCCAGCUAGAUAUGUUUUUCACAUGAUCUGUUUUACAAUUUGCACUAUGUAGAAGAGAACGUUUUUGAGACUUGAUAAUUUUAGCCACUGACUUUUUAAAGAUGUGGGAAGCGCAGGACAAGGCUGACAGUCUGAGUUUACAACAUAGAACAGGUAUUAAAGGUUUUGCAAAUAAGUUUGCCUCAUACAACUGUUCUUUUGCUGUUUGCACAAAUAUUUGAAAUAUAGUGUUGAAUAUCACUGUUGGAUAUUACUUUUCUUGUUGAAUUAUCUUGACCAUGAAUAUGGCACAGAUUUUUAAGUUAUCUUGUAAAUGUAUGCAUCACAAAACAGGUGACAUUACGAACUGUAUGCUGAACUGAGAGCCAAUUUUAAGGAUCAAAUGCAAAAAAAAAAAAAAAAAAAAAAAAAAAAAAAGGUACUUCUGUCUAAAAAUAAUUAAACUGUGAAUAUGGUUUACAUACCUAGGCCUGUACAUGUUAAAGAGAAAACUGAAAACUAAACUCUAGUACCAGUUACAUUUCUACUGGGCUUUUCAGGCUGGCUGUUCUUCCAGAGCACACACUUAGUUUAUAGAGCUUUUAAGGAGAGGUCUUAGAGUGUGCGUGUGUGUGUAUUUGGGAUUGUGCAUCCAGGAUUUAAAAGCUUAAAGUUUUAUUUGAACUCUUUAAGUUGGUGCAAAUGUGAGUUCUAUGCCUUAUAUCAAUAGUAGAGCACACUGCAGUGGCAAGGUAAGCAUCAUGCUGCCAUUAAGUACUUUUUGUAAUUAAAGGUUUGCAUAUUUGUGAAUAUGUCUGAUACUGGCUUUCUUGUAUGUAAAUGAUUUGUAAAAUAUUUCUUAAAUCUUGCUUUUGCUAAUAUAUUUAAUUUUCAAUAAAAGCUAAAAGUUUGUAAUAUUUUAACUUUAUCAGAAACUAAAACUAACUUUCAUUUUCCAUAUCCUUCUGUUGAGAAACUUCUGCCAGGUACAGCUGCCAGGAGCAGCUGUUCAACUUAGGGUUGUGGGCACUUCAUGAUAUUAAGUAGCAUGUAUUUCUGCUUACAGUACCUCUUACUGAUCAUUGGUCAGUCGAGUUUGUUGCUGGGGUCUUUCUGAUGUACUGUUGUAUCUACUCAAGGUAACUUGAAGUAUAAAGUUUUCUUUUCACAGAAUUUGAAAGUAAUGUUCUUGCAGAACAACAUUUCACAAGUUUGCUAACCAGGUGUUUUGCUUUGUUCUCUUCUGGUGUUUAAGGUUUGAGAUACCACAGGCAACUAAGAAUCUGCUGAAUUUAGUUGUAACAUGGGUUUCAAUCCAGGUUAAGUUCGGGUUAAUAUUUGGGAAAGGUUUAUUUACAUUAAUGGAAGGAGGAUCUUCUAUUCCUAUGGUUUGGUAUCUUAACAACCUUAGAUGCUCAAUUUUUGUAUUAACAUGAUCUCCUUAGGAAUGCAGGUGAUUUUUUUUAAUUUUUUUUUUUUUUUUUCCACGAAAAUCUAGUGGUAGAUUUAUGGGUUUUGGUUUUGUUGUUGUUUUUUUCAUGCAGAGAGCCUUAGUUUUCAAACAGUGUGUUCCCAAACCUGACAGAAGACGUGGUUUCCAGAUGUUCUUAUUAAUUCCCCUGAGUUUUUAAUGAAAUAAAAAUUCUGCCAAGAGCAGAUAAGGAAGUGUCAGUUGGCUGGCACUGUCCUGUGCUUGUGUAAGUUCUACCUCUGGGAUUGGGAAAAACAUAAGAGAAAAUUUGAAGAAAUAGAAACAAAAAAAAAAAAAUGAAGUUAUAUGUAGAUCAAUAUGUACUGCAUUAAGACUUUUGAGUAUUACUGUCUAAUUGCUGUUCCACAAACAUCAUCACCAUGGUUGCCAUUGUAAAUGAUAAGAAAUUGAGAACAGAGAGGAAAGAUUUUUGAGGCCUCAGGUGUUUGUGGAUCAGACUUUGUCACUUUGCAGUUAGAAUGGAACAGGCAAGCAAGAUGGACUGAAAAUUGGCAUAGACCUUUCAGUGUAUAUCUUAAAGGUAUGUACAAUCUUGCACUUUGUGUGUAGUGUUUUGCAGCAAGCAAUAAGCUUGUCCUUAUUUGAUAUUUUUUGCUCCAUCUUGAAAGCAUGAGAGGCUGUUCCAGCAAGUGAAUAGAUAGGAGCUAUGUUUUUGAGGAUCAUUGGAUCUGUGCUGAAAUCUCUCCAUAGCUCUCUUAUUUAAAAAGUGUUAUUCUCAACUGGGAAGGAAAAGGAAAAAAAAAAAAUGCAAAAUGUUCAGUGCUAGGAUGUAACUUGUUCUAAAGCCUUCACCAAAGCAAAGUAUCCAGUGAGAUUUGAACCUUGAUUUUUGUUGAAGGUGUACUUUCCCAGCUGCUGCUGACAGUAGCUGCUUUCACAAAUAAAGGCCAACAAAAUGAUAGCACUGUGAAUUUGAAAAAACAAUUACAUCAGUGAUAAUCACAAGUGAUGUAGUUCAAGUGCAGUCAGAGAGCUUGCCAUAACACAAUAGGCAUGUCUAGAUAGGACAGACAGGAAAAAGUUAAUGAAGAUGACUUCAUACUUCCAGUUGACAACUUGUGUUUUGUUAAGAUGAAAGAAUGUUUUGUGUUUUAUAUAUAUAUUUAUAUAUAUAUAAAGGCUGAAAAUGAACUUGCAGUAACUAGGAAGGUAGCCAUUUGCUAGAUGUUUAGAUGAGUUAAAAAUGAAAUGAUGUAAGGGAGAAUUCAGGACAGGGAUCUGUGCUAUAUUAAGGCAAAUACAGUCACAAUUUGUUAAAUCCAAAUAGAACUUUGGAACUUGGCAUCUCGAAAAACUUUUUUGUUUUGUGAGAGUUGGCUCCUUGUAUUCAAAACUUCCUAAUCUGUCAGCUAGGAAGACAUUUUUCUUAACACAGAGCUAUACAGUGGGCUUGGCAAAAUGGCUUUUCCCUUGACAGUGUUGUAAGUUUUGGUUUCCCUUUUUUCCAUCUUCCUUUCAUCAGACAGCAUUUUGUUAGGUGUACUUGUUGGGGUUACCAUAGUCCAUUCUCUGUUGUAUACUUAGCAAAUGUUCCAACCUGCUGCCCUCUGUUGGUUGAAAUUCUGGAAUUUUUAGAAGCUCCAAGUUCCCAUAAAUGCCAACCUCUUCCUUUCUGUUUAAGACUUGAUCCUUGAAAAGACUCAAACCUGGUGCUUGAUACUCUCAAGCACUUGUUGAACUUUUGGCAGCAGUUUUGCUGUAUUAUUUUUCUCUCAGGUAUCCUCCUGCUGUUGAUGACAUCUGUUAUCAGAAGAGAGGGAGAGAGAAAUGUGUUGUUUCUGGAAUUAAUUGUUUCAGAAAACUCAACAUAUUUCCAAGUCCUAAUCGUUUUCAUACAGAAACAGAUACAGAAGUAAGAUAAUAAAAGAGAAGGCCAAGGCCUGCUACAUGGCUGAAGAAACCCAAAGCUCUACUGGUAGCCACAGCACUGUGAUGUUCAACCUCCAUUGCAGUUUUUAAAGAAACAAAUAGAAACAGUGCUAGAAGAGGAAACAGACAUCUUUCUUUAGUGUAGGUCUCCCAAAUGCUUGUCAUAAAGUACCCUUCUAAGAUAGGAUGAAGCUGAACUUUUUUCUACCCAGUAGAGAAGGGAUUUAUUUGCUUAUAACCCAGGUGACUGUUGUGACAUAUAAAAUGUGUCUCAUAUUUUGAAUGGAUAGGUAUGCUUUGAUAACUUGUCUGUAGUAGUGAUUUUGUAUAUCCUGAUAUGCCUUAAAUGAGCAAGCUUAUUUGUUCUGCCCUGUAAAGACCUAAAAUGCUUCUGCACAAGCACAACAGCAGAUGCUUAAGUGGUAGGGAAACUUAGCUACUAAAACCAUGCCCAAAGGCUUCAGGUCUCUGUCAGAUUAUGCAACAAUUACAUAAUCCUGCAAGUACUUAAAUUUGAGAUGAAAUAUGGAGCUGGGACUGCAACUCAGUUCUAGGGGCACUUGAACUAUGCAGGGGCUUUAUAUGUAGGGUUUGUUUUUGUAAAUCAAUCAUCUAUGUGCUCUCCCUCUAUUGAGGGAACAGAUGUAGUUUUUCUUUGGGAAUUAAUUGCUCAAGUAGCUUUCAGGAGGGAAAAAAAGUAUAAAAAAACAGCAUGCCUUUAUGCCAUACCCAUAAAAGCAAGGUUACUGCUCCAAGCACAUCAACUUAUUCCUUACAAUUCUAUCUAUAUUCAGAUGCUACUUAUCAUUGCCUUUUUUCCCUUUGAAUGUUUUUACAGAGUGGGGCUUGGGGGUAUUUUUGGAAGUGAAUUUGUUAUUAAAGACUAAGGACCACUUACCUGUACCUGCAGCAGCCGAGGUUGUAAUACAAGUCCUGCUGUCAGUAUUUCCCUCUGCUUGCUGCUACCUUUUAAGAGUUACUCCAGUAGAACAGGUAACUGCUGAAGAUGACAUGAUCUCAUGGAGAGUCUGAAGUUUCACAGAUUUUUACUGCGGGUAUUCCAACUUGAAAAAUGCAAAUAAACUUGAGUAACCUCUCCAUUAUAGGGUUUUUAUUUGUUUUACAACGAUACAAGCACUUAAGGUGUUGGGUUUUUGUUUGUUUUUAACCAAUGGGAAGUGCUUGCCUUUCAUAGCAAGAACUUUAGGAAGAAUUUUAUAUUAAACAGUUGAUUUGCCCCAUUCUAGUGCAAUCUUAAUAUCAGCAACUGACAGUGCAGGUUUUCUCUGCUGCUUUCAGCAAUACAUCAUCAGUGCUAACUACAGUGAAUACUUUUUGCAAGGCAACUUCACAAACGGGGCCUCACUUUUGAGGAUUUAGUACAGACUGCAAGAAAGGAAAAACACUCAAAAACUGAAGAAUGACCUUCUCCAUGGCAACUAAAACACUUAACAUGCUCAUGCCUAACACAGGUUGUCAGUGUUGACAAACGAAGUUAGUAUAAUCAGGGUGAAAGUGAUUUGAUAUAAGAAAUGAGACACUACACAGAGCAUAGCCCCACUACUAGUUUUUAUUGCAAAGAUAUUUUACCAUGAAAUUUCAACCUUCUUGUCACUAACUAGCUUUAAGUUGUUUAAAAAAAAAAAAAAAAAAAAAAAAGCACAUUCCCCUCAAAACUACACAAAGCGGUAGAGUUGUUUUGCUUCAGUGUAGGCUUUGAUCAAUUUAAGAAGGCUGCACUCAACUCUGAAAGACAGCACUAUUUGGAGCUCUGCUAUAGCUACAUAGAAGAUGUGGUCCGUCAUGUGAAGGCCAAGAACAGCAGAAAUCAAUCCAGUUUACCCCCAUUAAGUAAAUGUGAGCUACACACUAGUAAAACUAUACUUUAUGAAAAAGCAACAGGGCUUCUUCUAACAGUAAGCAACAUUAUCUACUACUUUAUGCUGGUUUAAUACAUAAGGUUCUUUUACAAGUGUUUACUGUACCUUAAGAGCUAAUGACUUAUUGUAUAUCUUAUCAAGUCUCCACAAGGCAACUUUGAAUUAAAUAGUUUAUUUAAUUAUAAAAGCAUAAGUUGUACAUUGAGUAAUUGCAUAUUUCUUGGAAUCAGUACCUAUUUUGAAGAAUGUUAUGUGCAAAGACAAGACAGUCAUGCUUAGGCUUGCCCCUGGUAUUUUGUUGCUUUACUAUUUGUUCCCACCUUCAGUUCAGUAUAUCUCCCAUGGAAACAGAAUGAGGGAAUAUAGAUACACUGAUGUGUAUGAGGAUAAUUUGACAGCAUCACAUACAUCCACAGUAGAUCUGCCUAAUAUUUGAAGGGCAAAGACUGGACUAGUCAAGAGUUAUACAGCAAGUAGGCAACAAGCCUAGUUAUGGUUCCAUUCAAAAUUAGAGUUUGUCACAAACAAGAGAACUGUUAAUUUGAGAAGUUAUGUAAUAGUUAUUGAUGGGGUGUAUAUACAUACACACAUGUACACAUGAAAAAAUAUGUUUUUUUAAAUAAGGCAAUUAUUUCUUUCAGGCUCUUACUCAUUCUUAGCCUAUUUUCUUAUUAAUACAGCAUGUUGCCAUUUUAUUGCUAAAAGAAAGCAUACCAUUAUUACAAGCAGAACAGUAUCAGCACUAGAUUUAGUUAGCAGUCCCAUUGAGUUAAUAAGCUUCAGGACAUACAUUAUUACUAUGUAAAAAUGUUACUUUUACAGAAAAAAAAAAAUGGAUUUCUAUUUAAAUCACACAAAUUAUGUUGACAAAACCAUCAUCAGUAGUUAACAGUAUAGACUAAAGAGCAGAACAGCACUAUUUUGCAACAACAGAAAGAUGUCUAAAAUAUUCUCAUCUUUUACUAAGUGGUUAUACUAAAAAAAAAAAAAAAUAAAA